UACUGAUAAGCGCUUCUAUUCCCAUUGCCACUGUUGUUUUUUUUCUUGCGGACACGUGAUGAAUACUAGUCCAUUUCUUCAGUUGGCCAAAAGAAACGAAAACUAUAAAGUUGAAAAUUGAUACUGAAAAAUGGAAUCGAGGGAGCAAAUUAUUUUGAAUGUAUGUGUACUAUUGGCCAGGAAAGCUGAACUGAGGGUGUCUAUGAGGGAACCAUCACAAGUAGCAGGUAUUAUGGGGGGAAGAUUUGGAUUAUUUUCGGGUGCAGCCUUAGCUGGAGCAAUGCCCAUGGGAUCAUCUUCCAAAAACGCGGCAGAUAUAAUUAAAUAUGAUUUGACGGACCAGCAGAAGCAUAUGUUGGUCACAUCGGUCGAACACUUCUUCGAGGAUAUCGCCUUGAUAGAUGCAGAAAGUGGCCUGAGAGUACUUUCUCAUACUGCAGAAGCUAGAUAUCAAAUGAAGCAAACACUCAUUCAGUUUUUGAAAAAGGAACUGAAUUUACAUAUCUGGAGUUCCAAAACUAUUUUUUAGAUUUAUGUCAGUGAAAUUCAGGGAGUUUCAAUAUUUAAUCUUUACAUUGAAAAACUUGAUCAUAUUCACGUAAUAUGCACAUGUUUCUAACAAUUUCAUAAUUGGCAACACUGAUUUGACAUGUGACACUUAGAAUGAAACAUAUAAUUAUUGUGAUUAUAAUUAAAAACUGAAUUUUUUCGCCUCUAUUGAAACUAUUCAGUGUUUUGGUCAUAUAUUAUUCAUCCUAUGAUAAAAAAGUUUAUGGAAUUCGUUGUAUUGUUAUUAUAAAAAAAUACGCAACAAUGACAAAUCAGUGCUUUCACUGUUUUUAGUUAUAUACCAAAACACUGAAUCAUAUUCUCAAACAUGCUGAAUUUCAAAGUGUGAUUACAAAUCACAAUUACAGUAAUUACAUGUUUUUUUUUUAAUAUCAUAUGUGAAAUAUCAGCGUUGCCGAAUAGUGGAACGCCAGAAAUAUGUAAAACCAAUUUAACGUGAAUAUGGUCAUUUGUCGAGCUGUUAUUUUAUUCUUUAAAUGUUAUUUCUAGAUGUGAAUAAUGGAUUUUAUUGUUGUUUGUCCAUAUUUUUUGUUUCUUGCUGUUGAACGAAUAAAAUGAUAAUUAUAAUCGUGA